AGAGGAGCAGAGUGGAGCGUCCAGUCGCCGAGGAGCAGCAGAGAAGAGCGGGAGGAGAGCGCUGCAAAAGCCCGUGAAAUGCUCCAAAACGCCCGCUCCCAAAUGAACCCACGCUAGGACGCAGACGAGGACGCACGCGAGGAAUACUCACCCCAAUCUAGUCUUUUAUCACCGUCUUUAAAACUGCGCGGGUUUGAUGCUGUCCUCACGGAGAUUUGAGCCAAUAACGGACUUUUGGGUCGGCUGAACCAUGCUGAGGCUGCUGCUCCUGACCCUGCUAAGUUUUCAAAUAGUGUGGACAGCGAGGUUCUCCCAGGAGCCGGCAGACCAGUCGGUGGUGCGGGGCCAGAGGGUGCUGCUCUCUUGUGUAGUCUUCAACUACUCGGGCAUCGUUCAGUGGACUAAAGAUGGACUGGCCCUGGGCAUCGGAGAGGACCUGCAGGCAUGGCCCAGAUACCGGGUGCUCCGUGUGCAGGAGCUUGGUCAGUACAACCUGGAGAUCCUGUCUGCAGACCUAUCUGACGACGCCCAGUAUGAGUGCCAAGCCCCCGACGCUGCCUUGAGGUCCAGACGAGCCAAACUCACCCUCCUCAUCCCCCCAGAUGACCCGGUCAUAGACGGUGGCCCCGAAGUGCUGCUGAACGCUGGGGAGUCGUACAACCUGAGCUGUGUGUCCCGAGGGGCCAAACCUGCCUCUGUCAUCGAGUGGCUGAAGGACGGCCUGCCAACAGAGGGCGCUGUCAGUGUCACGGAGGUGCUUCCGGACAGAAAAAGGGUAACUACGCGGAGCUACCUGCCUGUCCAUCCGGUGGAUACUGACACUGGGAGGAACUUCAGCUGUGUGACCACCAACCAAGCCGUGCCCACAGGCAAAAGCACAACUGUCACACUCAACGUGCACCAUCCUCCCACAGUGACCUUGUCCAUAGAGCCCCGGUCGGUUUUGGAGGGGGACCGCGUCACCUUUACCUGCCAAGCCCACGCCAACCCUCCCAUCAUGGGCUACAGAUGGGCGAAGGGCGGUGUAGUGCUACAGGGGGCACGGGAGAGCGUCUUCACCACUAAAGCUGACCACUCCUUCUUCACUGAGCCUGUGUCCUGUCUGGUGUUCAAUGCUGUGGGCAAGACCAACGUCAGCAUCCUGGUCGACGUGCACUUUGGUCCGAUCCUGCUAGUCGAGCCUCAGCCCAAGACAGUGGACGUGGACUCAGACGUGACCCUCAACUGUAAAUGGGCCGGCAACCCUCCUCUCACCCUCACCUGGUUUAAGAAGGGCUCCAACAUGGUGCUGAGUAACAGUAACCAGCUAUACCUGAAGUCUGUUAGCCAGGCGGACGCAGGCCAGUACGUGUGCAAAGCCAUUGUGCCCAGGAUUGGCGUGGGAGAGACAGAGGUCACGCUCACAGUCAAUGGCCCUCCCAUCAUCUCCAGUGACCCGGUACAGUAUGCGGUCAGGGGCGAGAGAGGGGAGGUGAAAUGCUACAUCGCCAGCACUCCUCCUCCGGACAAAAUUGUGUGGGCGUGGAAAGAGAACGUGUGGGAGAAGGAGAGGGGCACCCUGCUGGAGCGCUACACUGUGGAGCAGAGCCGCCCCAGCCCAGAGGGGGGUGGUGUGCUCUCCACCCUGACUAUCAACAAUGUCAUGGAGUCCGACUUCCAGUCCACCUAUAACUGUACCGCCUGGAACGCCUUUGGACCCGGGACCAUGAUCAUCACGCUGGAGGAGACAGAGGAGGUCCCAGUGGGCAUCAUCGCUGGGGGCACUGUAGGCUCCACCAUCCUGCUCUUCAUCUUUUUACUGGUGCUGGUGCUCAUCUUCUACAGGCAGCGCAAAGGCAGUCGCCGCGGGGUAACGCUGGGGAAACCUGACAUUAAGGUGGAGACCAUAAACAAGGAGAGCCACAGCCUGGAGGAGGACUCUGGGAGCGUGUCCACUGCAUCGCGCAUGGUCAAGGCUAUGUACUCGUUUCUGCCCUCUGUGUCCUUCUCUCCCUCCAACCAGCCGUUCAAAGACGACAUGGAGCUGAAGACUGAGCUGCGCAGUGACACGCUGGACACACGCCAGGAGUACGACCUCAAGGACCCCACCAACGGAUACUACAACGUGCGAGCGUCCACUCAUGACGAGGGCCGGCCCGCGUCCCGCUCCACUGUGCACUACUCUGACUACCGCUCCCCGACAGGCACACCAGGGGGUGCUGCCUCCAUCAGCAGCAGUGCAGGGGGCUCAGGAGCCACGGCCAGCGGAGGGGCCCCAGGACCCCUCACUUCCCCGGGACGUCCCCAGCCCUGCUAUGACCCCCGCCCCCCCUCCAGGCUGUCUCACAUUAGCUAUGCCCAGUUCAACACCUUCACCCGCGGGGGUCAGAGCCAGCAGGGCCCCUCCAACCCUGGGCCCUCGGCCGCAGACUUCCCUCCCGACUGCAGCCUAUUGGACUCCACCUCACAACUGGCCUACGACAACUAUGGAUACCCGUCCCACUACCAGCCCUACCGGAUGGGGUUUGCCCCAUCCAGCCUGGCCCCUCUGGAGGCCGGCCCCUCCUAUGAGAUGUAUGGAGUGGGCACGCCCGCAGUGAGCGUGUCCCCCGGGGCACCUGCUCCAUCAGGCCCUGACACUGGACUGGGCAAAUACGGCAGCUCCACACGCUUCUCCUACACCUCCCAGCACUCCGACUACUCCCAUAGCCGCCACACGCAGAGGAUGCAGACGCACGUGUGAGGCCAGCAGGGGGCAUCAGCACACAUCACCACACACAUACACCACAUCCACAGUGUUACAUACAGAGCCAUGCACAGACUGAGCAGGAGGACACAGAGACAUGACUUAUGAGACAGGGAGGGACAAAGUCACUCCCAGUGUAAAUGUGAGCUCUGCAGAGCGGACAGCGCGUCACAAUCAGGACGGAGCAGAGGGACCCGAGGCCCCUGUGUGAGGGGCCAUUGUACAUGAAGAGAACUGUCAGUAUGGUACAUACAGAUCUGGAGAAACCUCAACAGUCCACGUCACGUCUGGCCACCAUUUUAAGUUAGUUUGGGGUGUCUGACGUAGAGCACAUACCAGAGUCCAGAGGCUGUGUGCCCGUGGACCAUGAGGGGGGAGGGAGGGCGGGGUCAUCUUUUGCACUGCAUUGACAGUAUUCAUGCUUAGGCGUCCCGUAUAUCUGUGUAAUGUCUUUUUAUUUGCACACAAGAUUAGAGCUUUGUAUUCUAUUUUUAACAUUACAAAUUAUUUUUAUCAAUGUAAACAUUUAUGUGUGUCUGGACCAAAAGUGGAGGUAGUGCACUUAUAGGCCUGGCCUGUAGUUCACUGAGUGGUGCCAACAGCCACCUGCAGGUGGCGCUUUACCCCGAGGCUUUGAGUGUCCACAGAACCUAGUGCCAAGAGUCCAUGUAGUUUCACCUCAGACGUGUGUAUAUGCAGUAGACUCCUUGUAUGGCCCUGUUACCACGGUUACCAGGCGCUGUGGGGCCUUGAUCAUUCAUCCCAGCCUGGUGCAGAGGACACAGAGGCCUUAGGAGACAUGACCAUGAGCCAUUCUCAUCGUCUGUGUGGGGCCAGAGUGCACCGGAGGUUCAAUGAAGGCUGUCACUAUAUUGACCUGUGUGAGUGUGUGUUAGAGAGAGAGAGAGAAUGCGUGUGUGUCUGUGUGGGGCAGCUCACUCGCCCCUCUGUACAGCCUAUACUGUCAUAGACAUUUGUAUGCAGCACACUGUACUGUUUCUUUGAGAAUGUUCAGUGUGCUGCAUGUGUGAGUGUGAGCGUGCACAUGAACGUGCAUGUGAGCGUGCAUGUGAGCGUGCACGUGAGUGUGUACGUGUGUGCAGCUUCAGUAUACUGUCAUAUCAUUUGUCACUCCUGUUCUAUACUUUUAUAAUACCUCUGGUAGGAUGUAUCCUGUAUUAUUGUGUCUUUGAAUUUAGAACGACUCUAAUGCUUAUCUUAUCGUACUGUUCUUCGUAGCAGAGAAACUGUUCAAAAGAUGUACAACAAGCGUUAUCAAACUCUCAUUUUUUAUUUCAUUAUCUUCAAUAUUUUUUAAAAAUGGUAUGUAAUUAUUUUUCCACAGUAUUACAUAAAUAAAAGCACUGUUUUUUUAUUAAA